AUGAAUGAAUCAUUACUAAAUUAUUCACUGCUUGCUAGUGAUGACGAUGAAGAUUCUUCUAAUUCUACCAAAGUCUCUGUUGCCAAAUUCACAGGCCAAAGUUUUUUGCUGCUGUCUUUCCUUGCAGGUCUAAUGGUGUUAGUCACAGUGAUUAGCAAUGCAAUAGUUAUACUGGUCUUUAUAAUUGACAAACGUCUCUGGACCUCGAGUAAUUUGUUCUUUUUAAAUCUUGCUAUCUGUGACUUUAUAGUUGGCAUACUUUUAGUUCCUUUGUAUGUACCCUAUGUGUUGACAGGAAGAUGGGCAUUUGGAAAAGACAUUUGUAAACUUUGGCUAACAAUCAGCUGCACAAAUUCUGUGGCGUCAGUUUAUACUGUUGUGCUUAUCAGUUAUGAUCGCUUUCAUUCUGUCACAAAAGCUGUUUCAUUCAGGGCUGAACAGAAAAAUGUUUAUUAUGCUUCUCUCAAAAUAGCAGUACUCUGGGCCCUAUCUUUCCUGUUAUAUAGCCCAGCUAUUAUAUUAUGGGAUAUUAUAGUAGGAAAAAGUGUUGUACUUAAUGGGAAAUGCUAUCCUGAAUUCUUCUCUGUCUCUGAAUUUAUGCUGAUUUGUUCUGUCUUCGAUUUUGUGACUCCACUUCUUUGCAUACUCUUUUUUAAUAUACGUAUUUACUGGAAUAUUAUGAAGCGUGAGAGAAAUAGAAUGGCCAUGCUAUCACAAGGCAGCAGCAAAUCCCUGUCUGAUAAUGUUGGAUCUGUGUCUUUUGUAGAGACUGGUAAAAGUUCUCCGAACACUCAAACACAUUUGUCAUCUGAAGAAGUAAGAGACAAAUCUACCCUUACUGGUAGGGACAAAAUAUCUAGAGGGAUUAAAAAGGCAGUGCAGUCAAAGGUUUCAAAGCACAGCAGAUCUGCGAUUAAAAUGGCUCAACAGAGGAAGACCGGAACAUAUCAGAAUGAUGCAACUGGCUUAAAACUCUCCAAGGAUAAGAAAGUUGUAAAGGCACUGGCCACAAUUGUGUCUGUUUUUAUUAUUUGUUGGACCCCAUCUCCCAUCCUCAUAUUCAUUCAAGCUGCUUGCAGCAGUCUUUAUAUCCAUCCCAUAUGGAAUGUGAUUGCAAGCUGGGCACUGUGGAUCAAUUCCUUAAUUAACCCAGUUUUGUAUCCUUUAUGUCACUCACACUUUAGGAAGGCUUUAACAAAACUGCUUUGUUGUAGGGCUAAUACACCUCCUUUGUAA